AUGUUUAACAUGGGACAAGGCGAGAGCGAAGAGGAGAAGAAGCUGCACCAGCAAAGAACCCAGCAGACUCUGGUGAACGCUACUUGCGUCGCUGCUUUGCUAUGGGUCUCCCCUAUGGUCUGGAACUUCGUCAAGAGACAAUGGAAAUGA